CUCCCCUCCCGACCGUCCGCGACGGUCCCGGCUCGGCGGGCUCCCUGUGCGCGCGGAGAACGGAGCUUCCGGCGGCGGCCUGGUCGGUGCGCUCCGGGGCAGGGACGCGCCACCUCGGGGCGUGAGUGUGCAGCGGGGACGCGUGCCCGGUGCGCAGCCCCACUUCAACAUCUCCAAUGGCUAACGAGGCUCAUCCUUGUCCGUGUGACAUCGGCCAUAGGAUAGAGUAUGGAGGGAUGGGGCGCGAAGUUCAAGUCGAGCACAUCCGGGCUUAUGUCACCAAACCCCCCUUCGACACGGGCAAGGCCGUGAUCGUCAUUCAAGAUAUAUUUGGCUGGCAGUUGCCCAAUACCAGAUAUAUGGCUGACAUGAUCGCAGGAAAUGGAUACACAGUCAUUGUUCCAGACUUCUUUGUGGGGCAAGAGCCCUGGCACCCUUCCGGGGACUGGGCCACCUUCCCGGACUGGUUGAAAACUAGAGACGCCAGAAAGAUCAACAGGGAGGUUGAUGCCGUCUUGAGGUACCUGAAACAGCAGUGUCAGGCACGGAACAUCGGCGUCGUGGGAUUCUGCUGGGGCGGAGUGGCUGUCCAUCACCUGAUGAUGACAUACCCAGAAUUCAGGGCAGGGGUGUCCGUCUACGGCAUCGUCAAGGACUGUGAAGAUGUGCACAGUUUGAAGAACCCCACGUUGUUCAUUUUUGCCGAAAACGAUGCUGUGAUUCCUCUCGAGCAAGUCUCUUUGCUGACCCAGAAGUUGAAGAAACACUGCCAAGUGGAAUAUCAAAUUAAAACAUUUUCUGGGCAAACCCACGGCUUCGUGCAUCGAAAGAGAGAAGAUUGUUCGGCAGAGGACAAGCCCUAUGUUGACGAAGCGAGAAGGAAUUUGAUUGAGUGGUUGCACAAGUACGUGUAGCAGUGGCCAAGGGUAAACUUUCUCAAAGUAGCCUGCAUCCAGAAAUUUCCUUUGGGAUACUUGGGUCGUUUAAUUUUUAUUGAAUAUAAAAUAAAUCUGGGAAUCCUGAAAUUCAUUAUUCCCUCUGAAACAUAAAUGCAGUAGGAAAUGGUAAUGCAUGAUAUACUUUUAUUUUUAACAUAUAUACUAAAAAAAACCAAACCCCCAUCAGUACCUGAAGAAUUCGAAUGGUAGAAUAAUAUCCUAUUAGUAAAAACCUAGGGCUGUUUGUGGACAGCUGACAGCUCAGGUAUGGACUUCUUGGUUCUGAAUUAAGUACAUUCUUUAAAAUGAUGGAUGUUCAUGAAGAACAUGAACCGUAAAGUCAGAUUCGCGGCCCGGUGUCCUUGGGCAUUUGUCUGUCUUAAUGCAGGAGCCUGUCAUGUUCAUGCAUUGCUGACUAUGAGAAACACUGAGGUUAAAAUAGCUCUUUGUUGACCUAAUUAUAUUGAGCCAAUACACUUACUUUUUGAAUGUGUGGCUUUUUCUAAAAGCUAAUAAAGCACCAUGGACUAGA